AUGGAGAACCCUGAGCAAAGUCGAAAAGGCGUGCGUAACCGGGCCAAGAGGAACGCCAACUUGAACACGGAAACACUGGAUGACACGGCCGUCAGUGGCACUAGCGUUGGAGAUGUGAGAUUGGAGUGUCAAAAGGAGAAGAUUGAUGAGCUGACCAAGGAGAGAGACUAUCUAAAAGAGCAACUGGCAUCAGCUCUUAGAAGAGAGGCCACAGGUUCCAUCCAGGCAAUACCCUUGUCUUCAAAUUCCUCUAGUGACAGCUCAUCUGAAUCUUCCUCUGAUGAUAUGUCUGACUCCUCCCCUAAGACAUCCUCAUCAGAUGGGGACAGAAAGAAGAAAAGGAAAAAGAGGAAAGAGAUGAGGAUCAAAAGGAAAAAGUAUGGAAAGAAGUCAAAGAAAAUGGAAGCAAAGACAUGUCAGAGAGCUCAAAACCCACAGCAAGUGGUGGCACGAUACAAGAAAAUUCUUCGGUACUUUAGUAAAGAAGGGACCAUGUCAGCUGCUUUCAAGCAUGUUGGGGUGGACCGGAACACAGUGGUGGUCACUGCUCCAAUAGCAGAGCUGUACAUUGCUGCACCUGUCAAAUAUCAGGAACUCCUUAAAACCCACAGCAGUCAAGUUAAACUUGGUGUGUUUGCCACACAGUGUGGUGCUGCCAUUCUGGAGGAUCCAGCUAUAGAAGACACCAUCAAAACCUUUAAGGCUUCUGGAAAGCUGCUGCCUUUAAAAAAAAAAAAGUGAACUGAGUUCACAUUAAACUGGUACAAUGAGUCAAAACUCCUCCACUAUAUACACUGCUGUUCUCUAAUGUUUUAAUGUUGGUAUUCAGGUAGUUCAAUUUAAUUUGAUUAUAUUAUUGUUGUAUUUAUACAGAUUCUAUUUGUUGUAUUUUGGCACUUCUGUGAACCAGUGUUGGAACUGGACUAUUUUUAUUUAGCAAUAUUUACAUAUUACAGAAUUAUAUUUUUAAAAUCAGAUUGCUGACCCUUAUUUCAUUUUAUUCUAGAGUUUUUUGGAAGUUUACAAUUUUGCAUUCUUUUAGACUCUGCAUUGAAUUCUUACUUGGCCAAGUUAACUGUUGCAAGAAACCUUUUUUCAAAUAUAAACAUCAUAUAUUUUUAAUCAUUUGUUGAGUAUAUUUGUUUUUAAUUUAACUCUUGAGAUUGAAAUGUAGAAUUGAUUUGGAUUUUGCCAAACUGAUUUUAUGUGGAAUUUUUGUUGCACUUUUUUACGACCAUGUUUACCUUUGCAAGAAACCUUUUUACUAUGUUAACAUUUUUUGCUAUUUUUCAUUUGGUAGUUUUUUAUAUGGGA